CGCCAAAUAAGGAAAUGACGUGAAAAAAAGCGUCGGCGGUGUUCCUCACAGAGGAGUUCUGAUAUGUCGGAGUUUUGAAGAAUCGAUUUUACUAGUUAUGCGGAGACGUACCUGGUGAAUGACAGGAUGGAUGAAGUGUUCGGGGAGGAUAGUGCCUUUUACUCCAAGGCCGAGGUCUACUGGAAGCAAGUUCCCCCCACAGUGGAUGGUAUGCUAGGGGGCUAUGGCAGCAUCUCAAACGUAGACAUUAACGGCUCGAAGAAGUUUAUGCAGAAAUUCCUUGGGGAGGGACAGGGGAAGACUGGCAAUGGGUUUGCCCUGGACUGUGGCGCUGGUAUUGGCCGCAUCACCAAACGCCUCCUGCUGCCGCUCUUCCGCACUGUGGACCUGGUUGAUGUCACACAGGAGUUUCUAGACCAGGCAAAGUCCUACCUGGGAGAGGAUGGCAAGAGGGUGGAGAACUACUUCUGUUGCGGCCUGCAGGACUUCCAACCUCAGCCCAGCCGCUAUGACGUCAUCUGGAUCCAGUGGGUCAUAGGUCACCUGACGGACGAGCAUCUGGUGGAGUUCCUGCGGCGCUGCCAGGGCGGCCUGAAGCCCGGCGGGCUGAUCAUCAUCAAGGACAACGUGGCGUACGAUGGCGUGGUGCCCGACGAGGUGGACAGCAGCGUGUGCCGCGACCUGCCCUUAGUGCGUAAGCUGGCGCAGCAGGCCGGCCUGGGCCUCGUCCAUGAGGAGCAGCAGCUCGACUUCCCCGAGGAGAUCUACCAGGUGUGGACGCUCGCGUACAGAUAGGACCAACCAGCUGGACGACAGAGAAUGACAAUGACAACAACAACAACAACGGCAACAACAACGAUAGGAACUGAGAAUGUGCUGUGCAUGCCUGCAUGUGUCAGGUGAUGGUUGUUCCUACGUGUGGUUUUUUUAGAAGAUUUUUUUUUUUUUUUUUGUAUGUUCCUCCAGUGUCUUUUUGUCAGAAUGUAUGCACUAAACUUUUAACGAGCUCUAUUAAUGUAAACACAACAUAUUGCUACCAUUAUAAAGAAUAUGAUGAAUUGCUGAUAUAUUUCAUAAUGAAUGUACUGGUUGGGGUACAUCGAACUCAGGUAUUGGGUCUAUGACAAAUAAAAGUAUCUUGCAUAGGUGAUUCUGACUUGGGAUGCCAGGUGUUGGACCCCCUCUCAGUAGUGGACACACACGACCAGCAGAGAAAUGACACUCAUGCUGCUGCUUUUUAUCACAAAAGCCUCCUCAAAAUGCACGUUUUUAAAUGCUAUUUUUAUUCAGAAAGACGGAUAAUCUAAUCAUACUACAGGAGAGUAGCUCUUCCAAUCAUUUUUUUUUGCUAUUCAGAGAGAACGAGGAUUCAGUCAAAUUUGGUGUCAUCAUGCUUUUUGUCUGUGUGCAGGACUUGGCUAGAGAUGACAUGAAAUACUGUAACAUAUUUAUAUUUUGUGAUGUUUGUUUGUGUGUCCUGAUAAGGUGUGUGAAUGUGCAAAAUAUACAUCUUUAAACAAGUACAGAAA